CGAGACUUCUGUCGAUACCGAUAACAGCCAAAACGACUCGGACACUGAUUUUAUAUCGGGAUACGUCUUCAAGGAUCAACAUAACGACGACGUUGCCAGUGCAACAGCUGGUAAUGCAGAGGAGCCGAAAGAUGGCUCUCUGCAUUACGAAGGCGAGCCUAUAGCAGAUGAUGUUUGGCUUGCCAACUACAAAGAGCAAAAACGAAAGCAAGACGAGCGGCGCAAAGAAAUGGAAGGUCGUUUGGAGCAACCUGAUUCUGUGCAUAUAUGGUAG